CCUUGCUUUAAUUCUCAUUUAGAAAUUACAAAAUUCAAAAUUCGCCCCUGAUUUUUGUUUUGAAAAACUUUUUAAAAUUCUAGUGCCGACUGCAGCCAUUGCAGUCCUUGAAAUCGGCAGAAUGAAUCCUCAAGCUGAGUUUCCGGAGGCCUUUGAGAUUUGCCAGCAAUUUACGAUUAGCCAUGAUCAAAUGAUUGAAGUAAUAGAACGCAUGACCAAAGAAAUCAAAAUGGGCCUCGCACGAGACACGCAUCCCAGGUCUGUUGUCAAAUGCCACAUUAGUCACGUCCAGGAUUUGCCCACAGGACUAGAGCGUGGCAAGUUUUUAGCCUUAGAUUUGGGAGGAACAAAUUUUCGUGUUCUUUUGGUCACAUUGAUUAGUGAUUCGGAGUCGGAUAUGAUAUCGAAAACUUAUAUAAUGGACAAAUCAUUAAUCAUUGGCCCGGGCUCGGAGCUAUUCGAUUUUAUAGCCGAAUGUUUGGCAAAAUUCUGCAAGGAUCAUCAAGUUGAAAGAGACAAUUUGCCGUUGGGAUUUACCUUUUCGUUUCCUUUGCGACAAGAUGGUCUGGCCAAUGGAGUAUUGACUGCCUGGACCAAGGGAUUCAGUUGUGAUGGUGUGGUGGGUAAGAAUGUAGUCCAACUUCUGAAUGAAGCCAUCGCCCGGCGUGGAGAUUUAAAAAUCAAUAUUGUUGCCAUAAUCAAUGAUACGGUUGGCACUUUAAUGUCCUGUGCCUUCUCAUCCCGCAAUUGCCGCAUUGGUUUAAUCGUUGGCACUGGCACCAAUGCAAGUUACGUGGAAAAGACCGCCAAUACAGAGAUGUUGCAGAAUUUUCAUACUAGCUCUAAGCAAAACAUGGUUAUUAAUUGCGAGUGGGGAGCAUUCGGUGAUAAUGGAGUUCUCGAAUUUAUAAAAACCUCUUAUGAUAAACAGGUGGACAAGCAAACACCAAAUGUCAACAAGCAGACAUUCGAGAAAUGCAUCUCCGGCAUGUAUCUGGGAGAACUGGUCCGUCUGAUAGUCGUAGACCUUAUAUAUAGGGGGAUACUAUUUAAAGGGAAGUCCUCGGAGUUAGUUUUCCAGAAGUGGUCGUUUGAGACCAGCUUCAUCUCCGAGGUGGAGAGUGAUGCGCCGGGGCAAUAUCGUAACGCUAACAUAGUGCUUGACAAAAUGGGACUCCGUCAGGCCACCGAUGUCGACAAACGAUGUUUGCGUUUCAUUUGCCAAACUAUAUCGACUCGUGCCGCCAAGCUGACAUCCUGUGGCCUUGUCUGUCUCAUCAAUAAGAUGAACGCCAAUGACGUGACCAUCGGCGUUGACGGUAGUGUCUAUAGGUUCCAUCCCAAAUUUCACGAUCUGCUUGUGCAUUAUGUUUCUAAAUUAUUAAGGCCAGGAUAUCAUUUUCAUAUCGUCCUUUCGGAGGAUGGUUCUGGCCGUGGUGCUGCACUAGUGGCUGCUGCUGCUGUUAGUAAUAAACAGAAUCCUUCCAAGUAUACUUAUCAAUAAACAUUUGGCGCGGUCAAUUUUUUUAAAAUUGGGCCAUUGGAGGAGCCAGUAAGCCGCUAGAUGGCGCAUCGCCUAACAAAUAUUUUAGAUUUAUGACUUAAAUAAAAGUA